AUGGAGCUUCUGCGGACAUUCACUGAAGACAACUUAGUAGUGCAGAUUCUCGAAGUAUGCGAUCGGGUAGCUGAUGACGAGAACCUCGCUCAGCAAUGGGCCAAUGACAGACCUCUCCUCGAUGCGAACGCCAACAGUUCAAAUCCGGAGAUUGCUCGAGCUGCUCAAUCUUUGGUAUCCAAGCUAAGUGUGGUUAAUUCGGAUUUUGAACCGUUGGCUGGGGUGUUUGCAUCAAUGGGUUCAGAGGGUUUCUCAAUGGAGAUUUUAUCCCAGUUGAGACCGCCGUUCCCUCAUGAGAGCGAUCGGCAUAUCAUUCCUUUUGCUAAACAGUGCUUGAUCAUGUGUAAGUAUCGACGUUUGAGCUCUGUUUCACUAGUACUGUUUGUUGCUAAUAAUGUAUUUAUUUGGAUCUGA